AUGUCUUACGAAGAUUACAACACAAUUGAUGAACCUUCAAUUCCAAGUGUUGGUUCUUCAACAAUACCUAUUGAAAUGGAAGAACUAAACCCAACACCAAAUCAUCCAAAUGUGGAAAUCAUUGGAUUUGAAGGUGAUGUUGAGAAGGACAUUGGCCGAGAAGUUGAAGAAGUGGAAGGAGAAAGCGAACCUUAUAAGAAGAAGCAAAGGAAAAAAUCAUCAGUUAUUUGGCAAGAAAUGACAGUGGUGAAACUUGAGAAUGGGGAAGAAAAAGUGCAAUGCAAUCAUUGCAACUUUAAAUUGAAAAAGCAAAAGGAUGGCACGACCACACAAUAUAAAAGACAUUUAGACAGUUGCAUAAAACGCAGAAUCAAUCUUUCAGGGCAAAGGAACAUUUGUGUGGUUCCAUCGACACAAAAAUCGGAGAGUGUCAGUGGUGUUCAGAGUUGGAAGUAUGAUCAAGCAAGGAUGAGGGAGGUUAUAUCUCACAUGAUUAUGGUUCAUGAAUUGCCAUUUUCGUUUGUUGAGUAUGAACUCUUCAACAUAGUCAUGCAAUCUGCAAGUCCAUAUUAUGAGCGGAUUGGUCGAACAGCAACCACAAAAGAUUGUUGGUCAACUUAUGAGCUAGAAAAGAAACGAGUACAAGGAUUGUUGAAUUCAGUUGACAAAAUUAGUAUCACAACUGACAUAUGGACAUCAAAUCAGAACAUUCAAUACAUGGUGAUAACUUCUCAUUUUGUGGACAUGGACAGUAAGUUGCAGAAAAGAGUUCUAAACUUUGUUGAAGUGCUUCCCCCGCAUACCGGUACAUGUGUUUGUGAUGCAAUAUACAAAUGUUUGCAAGGAUGGGGUAUUGAAGAGAAAGUGUGGACAAUCACAGUGGAUAAUGCUUCUUAUAAUGAUUCAGCUGUGAGGUUGUUGCAUGACUCUCUUUCUUUUCAUACAACUUUGCCACUAGAAGGUAAGUUGUUUCAUGUUCGUUGUUGUGCACACAUAUUGAACAUUCUUGUGCAAGAUGGCCUUUCUGAGAUUAAGUCUAUCAUUGAAAAUGUCAGAGAUAGUGUCAAGUAUAUUAGUGCUUCACCUCAACGGUUGCAUAGUUUUAAUGAGAUUUGCAAACAGCUCCAAGUGCCUAACAAGAAGUUGAUUUUAGAUUGUUGCACUAGGUGGAAUGCAACAUUUGCUAUGUUAUCUUGUGCUUUGGAUUUCAAGCAAGUAUUUCCUCGGUAUCAACUUCGAGAUCCAAAUUACAAAUGCUUGCCUUCUGAGGAUGAUUGUAUUUGUUUUUUGAAUAUAGGUUCUGAAUAUCCAACAGCAAAUUUGUUUCUUCCUGAACUAUAUAACAUCAAAGAAAUUCUCGGUCAAAAGUCUGAAAGUGUAGAACCUUGGAUGAAAAACAUGGCCCAAAGGAUGCAGCAUAAGUUUGACAAAUAUUGGGGUAGUAGCAAUCUAUUACUUUCUAUUGCUGCCGUUUUAGAUCCUAGAAAUAAGAUGACAUUUAUCCAAUUUGCUUUUCCAGUCAUUUAUUCUGAAAAGGAAGCUACUACACAAAUUGGUAUUGUUCGUGAUGCUUUGUAUGAGUUAUACAGGAUCUAUUUGGAUAAACAUACAACAGCUUCAAACCAAUUAAUGGAAAAUGAUUCUCAAGCAAGGAAUACUUCUGUGCAAGGUGUUACUACUGUUUGGAAAGGGAAGGGACCGGCUGUUGAAACUGGGAGAUCAAAAUUUGAGAAAUUUGUGAGAAAUGUUGAUACUGUCCAACAUGUGAAGUCUGAAUUGGAUACUUAUUUACAGGAGGGUGUAUAUAUUUGUGAAGGGGAUUCGGUUGAAUUUAAUGCAUUGGAUUGGUGGAAGUCAAUGAACUUGAAGUUUAGAGUAUUAUCCAAAAUGGCAUGUGAAAUCUUAUCAAUUCCAAUCACAACGGUUGCUUCAGAGUCAACAUUUAGUGCUGGUGGUAGGGUUAUUGAUACAUAUCGGGCAUCUUUGGGGACCGAUACUGUCCAAAUGCUACUUUGUGGAAGUGACUGGUUGCGUAACUUAUAUGAUAUGAAAAGAAAACCAAAAUUUACUGAAGAUGUGAAGACUAUAUCACUGGAAUGAACUUGGAGUUAAGGUAUUAAGCUUUUGGGAUGAUGGAUGCAGA